GUGUAUAUAUAUUUGCAGCGGGUCCCACAGGUCUGUAGUGGAUAUCCAUCGUUUGGUCCAGUAGGUACUCUAAGAAAGAAUGGCUCCGUCCAAGAUGAACCCAGUCAUGAUCGGCACUUUUAUUCUGGGCAUCAUAUCCCACCUCACCUCUGCCCAGAAUUACACAAUGUGUUAUGACGUACAUAAUGGCACCGAUGCGUGUAUGUCUUUGCACGUAGACAUGGAAUCGAAGCUGAUAUACUUCCACAUGAAUGAUCACGACGACUUCGAGGAAGUGAACACGCUCGAGGACUACAAUACAGGCUUCGCUGCAUCUCGGGUGGAGUCCCAAGAUGGCUGCUUCGUCCGCAUACUGGUGACGUCCAUCGAAGACCAAGUAGCCUUCAUCGAGAGUCAGCAGCAGACGACAGUCCCGGUGGACCAAGGCGACAUGAACGUGUUGGCCGUCUCCUUAGACAACCCCCUGGAGGAGAUCGGGGAGACCCUGACGAACUUCUGCGGAGACCUCCCGGUCUACAAGCUGGUCAAGAACGAUGGGAAUGUGGAGAAGAAGGAGGAAGAGGAAGAGGAAGAGGAGGAGGAGGUCUCCAAGAGGCAGGUGUCUAUCACAUUCAGGAAAUGUAUAUUGCUACUCUUCGUGGCUAAGUGCUUCACUACCACCAUCACCGUCCCCACGGGAUUGACGAUUACUUACUUCUGGUUCUUCGGUUGAUGCGAUGGCCCCUUGUGGACUCCCCAAGAUUUCCCGAAGAUUCCCGAAGAUUCCUGAAUAUUGUAAUGGGCUGAAUUUGCUUAUCUCUGUGAUGUAUUCACUAGCUUGGUAUUAUUAAAGUAUAAACGUGA